UAAAGUAUCGUGACCUAAAUCUGACGUAAACAUUGGACCACCAUCUUGUUUGCACGUCACCCAAAUCACUAUUUUCCGAUCCGGUGAAAGGAAGGAACCCGGCGUUCAAUCAAAACGUUCAAACUGGAGGGGAAAAUGAGAUCCUUCCUCCUCACGGGGUUGAGCCUAGCGCUCACUGCUACCGUUAUAGGAAAUGCAUAUUAUCAGAAAAAACAGUUUUAUCCUUCGGUUGUUUAUAUUACGAAGUCGAAUCCAUCAAUGGCCGUCCUCUACAUCCAGGCUCUUGUGUUUGUGGUCCUCACUGGCAAGAUGCUGAGAGCUCUGUUCUUUGGCCAGCUCCGGGAUGCUGAAAUGGAGCAUUUGAUAGAACGCUCCUGGUAUGCGGUCACUGAGACUUGCCUUGCCUUCACUGUGUUCAGGGAUGAUUUCAGCCCUCGUUUUGUAGCCCUAUUCACUCUACUUCUGUUCCUGAAAUGUUUCCAUUGGUUGGCCGAGGACAGAAUAGACUAUAUGGAGAGGAGCCCAGCAAUAUCGUGGCUGUUCCACCUGAGAGCAUUGUCUCUCAUGUUUGUGUUGGGCUUCCUGGACAUCAUGUUUGUGAGGCAUGCUUUUUACUCCACUUUGUUGAAGGGACCCUCGGUGCAACUAGUGUUUGGCUUUGAGUAUGAAAUUCUCUUCACGGUGGUGCUGAUGAUUUUUAUCAAGUACGUGCUGCACGCCAUUGACCUGCAGAGCCAGAACCCCUGGGACAACAAGGCCGUCUAUCUGCUCUACUCAGAGCUUAUCAUGGGUUUAAUCAGAGUUGUGUUGUAUAUUGCCUUUGUGUUCAUCAUGAUCAAAGUCCACACCUUCCCAUUGUUUGCCAUCAGGCCCAUGUACCUUACUGUCAGAGCAUUCCAGAAGGCAGCCCAGGAUGUUAUCCUGUCUCGCAGAGCUAUCAGAAACAUGAAUACCCUGUACCCGGACGCCACGCCGGAGGAGCUGAGCUCUGGCGACAACGUGUGCAUCAUCUGCCGCGAGGAGAUGACAACAAACUGCAAGAAGCUGCCCUGCAACCACAUCUUCCACACCAGCUGCCUGCGCUCGUGGUUCCAGCGACAGCAGACGUGCCCCACGUGCAGGCUGGAGGUGCUGCGCAUGCCAAGGCCAGCCGCUGCGCAGCAGGCUCAGCAACAACAGCAGCAACAGCAGGCGCAGCCAGCGCAGCCACCCGCGGACAACCAAAACCCUUUCAACAACAUGCCAGGCAUGUUUGGUGGCUUCCCCUUCCAGUGGCCGCCCAAUGCUGGAGGCCAGGCUGUCCCUCCUCCCUUCGGAUGGCCCCAACAGCAACAACAGCAGCAACAACAGCAACAGCCCGGGGCCGCCGGUGGGGCAGCUCCCACUUCACAGGCGCAGACACAAGCCCAAGCAGGCACAGCUUCGUCAUCUUCUACUUCAACAUCCUCCACCUCCACCACGACGUCGUCAUCGUCUACCGCCACUCCCGGCGUGCCACCUUUCGCCAGCAUGGCUCCUCCUUUCCCGGGAUCCAUGCCCUUCAUGCCACCCAUGAUGCCACCCAUGUUUUCACCCUUCAGUUUCCCACCACCCCCUGUGCCUAUGUCGGGCCUGAGCGAGGAAGAGCUGCGGGCGAUGGAGGGCGUGGAGCGGGGCAACGUGGAGGCGCGGGUGCAGUGGCUGCGGGACAUACAAGCCCUGCUCGACGGGGCCAUGCUGCUCAUAGGGCAGUACAAUACGGUGGCCAGCCAAAUGGGCACUAUGGGCAUCAGCACGGCUCCAACAGCACCGCCCCCGCAAGCAAGCAGUUCUCAGGCAUCAUCUUCCUCAUCGCCUUCUUCAUCAUUGCCAUCAUCAUCGUCAUUGUCAUCAUCAUCAGCAACAUUGUCGCAAACAGCUCAGCUUCAAGACAACGCUCAGGGUAGAGCUUGGCCACAGGGCGAGGGUGCGCGGCCAAAGUACACAUCCACCAUCAGUAACACGCACACGACAGACUCGCCCGAGCGCGCACGCUCCAGCAGUAUUUCGCAGGAUGCAGAGAAACAAGUGGAAGGCGCUGUGGGAGGGGCGCCAGCGAAGGAGGAAGAUAUCCCCAAGUGGGAAAACCCGAGGGAGGAGGGACACGAAGACGAGAUGCACGAAGUCAGGAAGAGACGGCUGCAGCAUUUCUCUCAGCAAAACAGCAGUCCCGGUGACGAGUCGAGCAGCAGCUCUGGGAAACAUGAGCAGCAUUAGUGUCUAAAUUAUAAUAAUAUCUAUGCUUGUACGGAACAACAGGUUUUGUGGGGGCCAUUUUUAUGAUCUGAGCAGUAAAUGAUUUUUUCUUGAAAACAAUGGUCUUUUUCAAGAAAAGAUCUCAUAGUGCAGAGACGUUUAUUUUCGACUUGGAAAUUGAAUGGCCCUAAAAAAAACCUGUUUUACAGUAAUUUGUUAGGGUGUUUGUUUUUGUUUCAUUGUGAUAAGCUUUACACCUGAACUUAUAUAUAAUGUUAUAUAAGUGCAUUGUUGGUCUGUGUGCUUGGAGGGGAUGUGAGGGAGGCUGGGGUGAGGGCGUGUUUGGGUGUUCUCAAAACCCGUAUCACUUUGCUCUCUUUUGAAAUCCAAGCUGUGUUUCAAGUGAAGCUUCCAGUGCAUUUCAAUGCUCUUCUGUGCUGAGAGUGCAUGCCCUGAAAUAUGUGUGUCCCUUUUCGGUUUUACUGAAAAACUUGCCGUUUCCUUACUACUUCA